GAAUAGUGCACAGUGACGGGGGGCUGGGCUUCCGAUCAGCGUUAGGCUAUAUAAAUGCAGUCUGCGGGGAUAGUGGGAACGUGGACCGCACUGUCGCUGCAGAAUAGAAGGAUAUAAACUAUUAUUCCCGUCAGGCUGAACCGAAAAUAGUCAGAAUGCUCGUAAUAAUUGAAGAUCAGGAGGCAUUUGAGGAGGCCCUGAUUGACGCUGGGGAGAAGCUGGUGGUGGUGGACUUCACAGCAACAUGGUGUGGGCCCUGCCAAAGCAUCGCACCCUUUUUCAAAGAGCUGUCUGAGAAGUACUCUGACGUGGUGUUUCUGAAGGUGGAUGUGGAUGACGCUCCGGACGUGGCCAGCUUCUGCGACAUCAAAUGCAUGCCCACAUUCCACUUCUACAAAAACAGCAAAAAGCUGGAUGAGUUUGCUGGGUCAAACCAGGGAAAGCUGGAAGAAAUGAUAUCCAGCAAAAAAUGAACUCCAUCUGACCCCACCUCCACUAUUCUUACAAAAAUAAUCCUGCUAUUUAUAGAUGUUUUACAAAUGUUUCAACCAAUCAGUCAUAAAGGAAGUCUGAACUGAAUAAACCUUUUUCCUUCAGAA